AUGCCUCUCCCAUCCCCCCUUCUCCGCUACCAUGUGCGCGGAGCAGCUGUGGUUCCACGCGAGCUGCAUCUUCAAGGCGCCGGGAUUCAUCACCAAGUCAGUGCCCCCCUGCCCCUCCUGCCACCAAUGCUCCCCUGCUCCCCUGCUCCCAUGCUCGUCUGCUCGUCUGCUCCUAUCCCCUUUACCGCCUCUGUCUCUGCCCCUUCCGCACGGUUCUCCCUAGCACCGUCGCCUCUCAACGCCACGACGUAUCCCCUCCCGUCUCCCCCUGCCAGCGUGGGCGACGUGGAGGGCGCGGACGUGCUGCGCUGGGAGGACCAGCAGGCGCUCCGGGCGUACGCCAAGGGGGAGGGGGGCGCGCAGGGCGCGCAGGGCGCGGGGGGCGAGGGGAAAGCGGAGAAAGCAGGGAAAGCAGGCAAAGGGGGAAAGGGGAAGGCUGCUGCGGCUGCGGGGGCGAAGAGUGACGGGGGGAAGAGCGAAGGGAAAAGCAAGGGGAAAAGGGGGAAGGCAGUGGCGGAUGAUUCAGGUUCGGAGGGGGAAGGAGCAGCGGCGGGGACGGUGGCUGGCUUUCAGGUGGCGUAUGCUGCAAGCAACCGGUCGGCGUGUCGGCACUGCAAUGAGAAGAUCGCCAAGGGCGAGCUGCGAGUGGCGCGCAUGGAGGCGUCGAGUCGCGGCAUGGAGGUGCCGGCAUGGCGCCACGCGGCGUGUGUGGGGGACGAGGGCAUCUGGCCCCAAGGGGCGCGCGUGCAGGCCGUGCAGGGGUGGGGCGAGCUUCAAAAGGAGGAUCAGCAGCGCCUGCUGCAGCUGCUGGGAGGGGGUGCUGAGGGGAAGGGCACGGGGGGAGAGCCCCCCAAGAAGCGGCAGCGAGGGGCGGAGCAGGACGGAGGAGGCGAGGAAGGCAGCAAGCGCAAGGGCAAGGGGAAGGAGGACGUGAAGCCACAGGACGCAGGGAAGGGCGAGGAGGGGAAGAUGAGCUUGGAGCUAGAGCGGGCGUUGGAGCAGCAGGCUCGGCGGGUGUGGGAGGUGAAGGACCAGCUGCGCGCCCACCUGACUGUAGUAGACAUGCGCGCCAUGCUGGAGGCCAAUCAGCAGGAGCCAGGUGGCAGCGAGGAUGCCCUGAGGGAGCGGUGUGCGGACGGCAUGCUGUUUGGCCCCCUGCCGCCCUGCCAGCUGUGCGCGUCCCCCAUGGAGUACUGGGACGGGCGGUACCGCUGCCGCGGGUUCCUCUCCGCUUGGUCUGCUUGCACCUUCUCCACUCGCGACGUGCAGCGCAAGGAAGCUGCCUGGGUGGUUCCUGAUGAGAUUACCAACCCGUUUGUUGAUGAGUACCGGGCGGAGCAGCAGCGACGGUUCCAGGCAGCCGACAAGAGGAAGGGCAAGGGGCGGGGCAAGGGGAAAGGCAAGGGGAAGGCGGAGGGGAGCGAGGGGGGGGAGGAGGGGGCGAGUGUGUGGCCACAGCGGGUGCUGCCCCCAGAGGAGAAGCGCAGUGAGGUGAAGCAGGCGAGCACGGCAGGGGCGGGGGGGAAGGAAGCGAGCCGGGGGAAGGGCGGUAGAGCAGCGAGGGAGGCGCGGGAGGCAGCGAUACCGGAUGGGGGAGUGGAGCGUGAGAAGCCGCUGGAGGGGGUGCAUGUGGCGCUGCUGGGGCGCCUGUCCCGCACCCAGGCGGCGUGGCGCAAGGAGAUCGAGGAGGGUGGUGGUGCUGUGGUGCCGUUGACGAGCGCGGACGUGGACUGCAUUGUGUCUACUGAGGCAGACGUGGAGAAGAAUGAGGACAAGCUCCUGCCGCCCCUCGUCCUGGGAGCGUCGGUGGUCUCGGAGGACUAUCUGCUCGAAUCGCUCGCGCAGAAGCGCCGCCUGCCCAUGCGCGCGUACCUGCUGCCCCUCUCGCUGCAGCUGGUGCAGGAUGUGGACGCCAAUCGCCCUGCCGGGAAGCAGAGCAGGGCUGGGGGGAAGGGCAAGGGCAGGGCGGGCGAGGGGGAGGAGCAGGUGCGGGCGACGGUGCGAGUGAAGGGGCGCGCGGCGGUGCAUGAGGCGUCGGGGCUGGCGGAGAGGGGCCACGUGCUGGAGUGCCAGGGGUGCGUGUGGAGCACCACUCUCUCCCUCGCUGACCUCUCCACCGGCGCCAACAGCUACUACAUCCUGCAGGUGAUAGAGGACGACAAGUCAUCCAGGUGCCACGUGUUCCGCAAGUGGGGGCGUGUGGGCAACGAGGCCAUCGGGGGCAGCAAGCUGGAGCAGGAGAGUCGCGAGCAGGCAAUGGGGUUGUUCAAGCGGCUGUUCAAGGAGAAGACAGGCAACGACUGGGAGGCUUGGCAGAAGAAAGAAGGCUUUGAGAAGCAACCGGGGAAGUUCUACCCUCUUGAGAUUGACUAUGGAGGAGGGGACGAGGAGGAGGAGCAGGGCGGGGCUGUGAUGGGCACAAGGAGCAAGCUGGAUGGCCGGCUGGUGGCGCUGCUCAUGAUGAUCUUCGACCUCAAAUCCAUCAGGGAGGCGAUGGUGGAGUUUGAGAUCAACGUGAGGGAGAUGCCGCUGGGAAAGCUCACCAAGCGCCACAUAGAGCGCGGCUUUCAGGUGCUCACGGACGUGCAGGCCGCCCUGCAGCUGCCGCCCGACAGCACGGGGCGGCGGGAGAGCGCCAUCGUGGACGCGUCGAACCGCUUCUUCACUCUCAUCCCCACCGUCAACCCCACCGCUAUUCGCACACUCGAGGCUCUCACCACCAAGAUCCGCAUGCUGGAGGCGCUGAGGGACAUGGAGGUGACGUCCACGCUGCUGAGUGCGAGCAAGGGGGCGGGCGAGGGCGAGGGGGGGGAGAAGGAGGACCCGGUGGACCGCCAUUACCGCCAGCUGCAGUGCGGCCUGUCGCCCCUGGAGCCCAGCGAUGCUGAUUACUCGCUUGUCAAGGACUACCUGCACAAAACACAUGCUCCCACUCACAAGGAGUGGGAGCUGGAGUUGCUGGACGUGUUCCGCGUGGAUCGCAGUGGGGAGAAGAAGGCCUUCCGUGCCGACAUCAAGAACCACAUGCUGCUGUGGCACGGAUCACGAGUGACCAACUAUGUGGGCAUCUUGAGUCAGGGCCUGCGCAUCGCACCACCAGAGGCACCUAUUACCGGCUACAUGUUUGGCAAGGGAGUGUAUUUCGCGGACCUGGUGAGCAAGAGCGCGCAGUACUGCUUCACCAGCCCCGACAGCAACAUCGGCCUGCUGCUGCUCUCCCGUGUGGCGCUUGGUGCUCUCUAUGAGCUCACGUCCGCCGAGUAUGUGGAGAAGCUGCCACGGGGAAAGCACGCAACCAAGGGGCUGGGGAUGAUGAAGCCCAAGGAGGCCGAGUUUGUCAAGUGGGCCUCCGAUGUCGUCGUGCCCUGUGGCAAGCCCGUGCCUUCGGGGGUGAAGAACAGCCACCUGCGCUACAAUGAGUUCAUCGUCUACGAUACAUCACAGCUGGCGGCGGUGCUGCAGCAGCUGCUGCUGCCGGACAACGAGUCGCGCAAGGCGGCGGAGGCGGCGUUCAAGCAGCUCUCUAAGGACCCCGCCGUGCUGCUCGCGCUGCUGCACUUCCUCAAGGCGGGCCCCUCGCCCGACGUGCGCCAGCUCGCCGCCGUGCUCAUGCGCAAGAAGGUCGCGGGGCUGUGGGCGCAGCAACCCGCCGAGGCCAAGGCCAGCAUCAAAUCCGCACUCCUCGAGAGCAUCGCGCUGGAGCCCAGCCCUGUCGUGCGCCGCGCCAGUGCUGACGUGGCGAGCGUGAUUGCGAAGCACAGCGUGCCUAACGGCGAGUGGCCGGAGCUGCUGCCGUUCCUGCUGCAGUGCUCGCAGGGGCAGCAGGAGGACCACCGCGAGCUGGCGUUCAUUCUGUUCGCGGCGCUGGUGGAGACGAUCGGCGACGUGCUGCGACCGCACUUCCCCGCGCUGCACGGCAUCUUCGUCGCGGGCCUGCGCGACCAGGCCAGCGCGCGAGUGCGCGUCGCCGCGCUCAAGGCCGUGGCGGCGUUGGUGGAGUACCUUGACAGCGAGCAGGACGUGACUCUGAUGCGCGAUCUGGUGGCGCCGAUGCUGGACGUGGGGCGGUUCUCGGCGGGGAGCGGCGACGAGGCGACGGUGGUGCGCGUGUGCGAGGUGGUGACGGAGCUGGCGGAGCACCCCGCGCCCGUCAUCGCGCCGUCGCUGCCCGCCGUCAUCCAGUUCGCGCUCGAACUCGCCAGCAACACGCACCUCGAACCCGCCACGCGCUUCCAGGCAGCGCAGGUGGUGGCGUGGUGUGCGGCGUGGAAGGCCAAGUGGUUGGCGAAGCAGAAGCUGGUGCCCGUCAUCCUGGCCGCCAUGGCGCCGCUGCUCGCCGAGCCCUGUGGCGAGACGGACUCGGAGCAGGACGAGGAGUACGACCUCUCGCCCAUGCGCUUUGCCGCCCAGGCCAUAGACGCGGUGGCCAUGGAGGCGCCGCGCAAGCAUGUGUUCCCGCCUGUGCUGGCGUUCGCCCGCGCACACAUCACGGACACCAACCCCCACAUGCGCUACGCCGCUGUCAUGGCCCUGGCUGUCAUCACCGAGGGGUGCUGUGAGGCAGUGCGCGGGCGGCUGGAGUCAGACGUGCUGCCAUUGGUGGUGGCGGGGCUGGGAGACGCGCAUCCCAAGGUGCGGGGGGCGGCGUGCUUCGCGGUGGGGCAGCUGUCGGAGUUUGUGCAGCCCGAGGCGUCGGAGCACUACAAGAUCAUCCUGCCCGCUGUCUUCGCCGCCCUCAAUGACGCCUCGCCCGUUGUCAGGGAGAAGGCGUACUACGCGUUAGCAGCGUUCUGCGAGCACAUGGGGGACGAGAUCCUGGAGUUCCUGGACCCGCUCAUGCGCCAACUCAUGGACGCCCUGCGCUCGCCCGACCGCAACCUGCAGGAGAUGUGCAUCUCCGCCAUAGGAUCAGCGGCAGCAGCAGCAGGUCCCAAGUUCGCGCCAUACAGUGACGCGGUGCUGGCGGCGCUCAUCCCGCUCGUGUCCCUCACAGCGGAGGCGGACGUGGACGUGCGGUCACGCGCGUACGAGCUGGUGGGCAUCAUUGGGAUCGCCGUGGGGCGGCAAGCGGUGGAGCCCGUGCUGCCCGGCUUCAUGGACGCCGCUCUCAAGGGCUUCGCCCUGGACCAGAGUGCGCUGAGGGAGUAUGCCCACUCCUUCUUCAGCGACGUGGCCAAGUUCCUCGAAGCUGACUUCGCCCCCUACCUGCAACACGUGGUGCCGCUCGCCUUCUCCUCCUGCCGCCUCGACGAUGGCAUCGUGGUCGGCCCGGCCGCCACCGAUGACGAUGCCGCCGACGCCGAGGGCGGUGGGCGGCGGCAGCUAGCGGCAGCACUGGCAGCAGGGGAGAUCUCGUCGGAUUCGGAGGAUGAGGACGAGGGGGCGGCUUUGAGGGGGCUGAGGGGCAUCAGUGUGCGCACGGCCGUGCUGGAUGAGAAGGCGGCUGCUGCUCAGGCCAUCGGCGCGUAUGCUCAGUACACCAAGGCUGCUUUCGGCCCGUACGUACAGGAGGCGGUGGGGGUGCUAAAGGACGGGGCGGACUAUGCACAUGAGGACGUGCGCCUGCAGGCCACGCUCUCCCUGCAACACCUGGUCACGGCGGCGCUGCACGCCUUCCCAUCCGCCCCAGGCCAGCCCAUGAGUGCGGAAACGAACCAUGUCUUUGACGUGGCGAUGGAGGUGUGGAUGGGGGCGAUGAGGGAUGACGAGGAGCGCGCAGUGGUUGGGCAGGCCUUCAGCGGCGCCACGGAGACCAUCAAGGCGCUGCUGGCUGCUGACUCCGCCAACCAGCCCGCCAUGGCGCCCUACGCGGAGCCUCUGGUGGCGGCGGUGCGAGCGGCGCUGAGGGACGACCUGCCGUGCCAGCGAGCAGCGAGCGACGCCGAGACGGGCGGUGAGGGGGCGGCGGGGCCGACAGAGGCGGCGGAGGAGGAGGAAGAGGAGGAGGAGCACGACGAGGAGCUCAUGGACGCCGCUGUUGACCUGCUGCCCGCUGUGGCGCGUGCCGUGGGCGCCGCUGCCUUCGCCCCUGUCUUCCACUCCCUGCUGCCCGACAUCCUCGCCUUCACGAAAGCCUCCCGCCCGCCCAACGAUCGCAGCAUGGCGGUGGGGUGCAUUGCUGACGUGGCAGGGGAGCUGGGGGAAGCCAUGGCGCAAUACGUGGAUACCCUACUGCCCGUGCUGGCAUCAGAGCUGAGGGGCGGAGACCCCCCCAACCGCCGCAACGCUGCCUUUGCCGUCGGCAAGCUGGCUGAAGUUUCGGGCGCUGCCAUGCACAGGCACUACUCUGAUAUCCUGUUGGGAUUGCACCCGCUCUUCUCAGCGGACGAGGAUGACGACGUGAGGGACAACGCUGCCGGCGCUGUUGCCCGCAUGAUCGCUUCUGGUGGCGCUUCCAUGCCUCUCGACCAGGUGCUGCCAGUGCUGGUGGCGGCGCUGCCUCUCAAGUCAGACCUGGAGGAGGCCAAGCCAGUGUACGGCUGCCUUGUGGCUCUUGUUGCCGCCUCACAUCCCCAGAUCUUGCCAGUGGUGCCGCAGCUGGUGCCUGUAUUCGCAGAGGUGGCGGUUAACGGUAAGAUUGCACCGGAAGUGCGUCUCUCCGUGGGCCAAGCCUGCUCGCAUCUCGCGCAGGCAUUUGCAGAUCAAAUGCAGCCGCUCCUGGCGGCGCUUCCUAGUGAUCGCGCCGCUGCUCUUUCCUCAUGCAUGGCUGGCACCUUGCCUCCUGCAUCUGUUUCCGCCCCUCCCGCGGUGCGCCCGUCCGCGGCGGAGUUGGCGCAGACGGUGGUGGAGCUGUCGGCGGAGGGCACGCUCGUCACGCUCGCGCACGGCGGCGCGGGCAGCACGCUCGCGGGCGACGACCAACCACUCCCCGCCACGUGGCCGCUGGCCUGCCACGCGUUCUUCGCGCCCGACCCCGAGGGCCGCCCCAUCGUGCUGCUCGCUGACUCGAGCUGCGCCGCCGCCAACCUCGCUGACGACGCGCAGGCGUGCCUACACGUGCAGAUCGAGCUGCCAGGUCAGCAGAAGCCGCAGGUGUCGCUGCAUGGACGGCUGACCAAGGCACACGACGGCAAGACGCUCGGGAAGCUGGAGGCGGCGUGGAGGCGGCGCUUCCCCGACAGUGAGGAGGAUGCGGGCAGCAGCGACGGCUCUGCGUCCUCUGCUCUCUUCCUGCUGGACGUUGACCGUGUGCUCGUGGCGCCAGACGCCGACCAGGAGGGCGAGUGGAUCUCCCCAGAGGCCUAUCUGAACGCGGACGCCGACCCUCUGCGCGAGGUAGCAGCAGGCAUAGUGGCCGACUUCAACCGAGAGCACUGGCAGGACCUGCGCCGCUUCCCCGCCGCCUUCGCCGCGCUGCCAGACCUGCAGGUGGACGACGCGUCGCUCAUCUGGGUGGACCGCCUUGGCUUUGACCUCCGCGUGCUCGCUCGCCCCGCCAUGCCCGGUGCUGCUGCCGCGGCGGAUUUCCCCGCGCGGGUGAUGGAUGUGCGCGUGGCGUUUGCACGGGAGGUGGGGGAGGAGAGAGAGGCACGGUCUGCGCUGACCAUGAUGGCGCAGGUGGCGUGGGAGAGGGAGAGGAGCUUUGGCAGCCCCGCUGCUCCCGCCGCUGCUGCUGCUGAGGCUGCUUCCUCGUAG